AUAAAGAAGUGUUUAAUUUUUCCUGCAUUGUUUUUUCGUUAUCGCAUCGCGACAGUUCCGAGGAGCUCCCUUUAUUAUGAAAGAGGCGCAGGAUGGAUCCCUCGGCGCAGGUUGAUGGCUUCUCGUGGCAGGCGAGAGUUCACCGUGCAGAGAGAGAGGGAGCGCAGCAGGGGUUCCGGCGCGAGGGAGGGAGAUGGAGAAAGGACUGGUGGGAAGGGAAUCGGCGAGAAAAGAAGGGCUAGAGGAACCGUUCUCCGACAGUGUGGUGGAGAGGAGUUUCGUGUGAGGGACGGGAAGGCCUUUGGAUGUGGAGAAGGCUGUAAUGUGGAGAGAAGAAAUCUGGCUACUAGUGUCGGUGCGCUUCAAUUAGAAUCGGCAAACGGGCGUGGCGAGAAGACGAGAGGACGCGUUCAGGAGAAGAGGUUUGAUAAUGCGAGGCGAUAUGGGGGAGGGGAGGAGAAAACGCCGUUGGACAAGCUGAGGAGGUGUGAGGAGAGAGUGUGUGAAGGAAUUCAGCGGUGGAAGGAAGGCAGAGGUAAUUACAAGGAGGUAGAGCCUCUGGUGGGUGUGGCCUGGGCCCAGUAUGUGAGGGUGUUGCAGGAGGGAGGGCUUGAGCAGGCAGUGAGGGAGGGACUGGGGUUCAAGGUGUGGAGGAACGUUCACUACCCUGUCAUUGAGCUGCAGCGAAAGUCAGCCACAGAGGAGAGGAAGGAGGAGGGUGAGAGUGUUCUGUCCAGAGCUCUGGAGGUGUUCACGAGGAGCAGUACAAGUCUCUACUGGAGUCUCUACAGUCGAGACACAAGUUUAGUUUGGAGCAGAUCUUCGACUGUGGUCUGGACUCACUGGAAUCACGGAGACAUCUCAAACUGGUCCUGCUGGUCCUCAUUCCAUGUCACUGGUGUCUGGUUUCCCUGGGAGACCUCUGUCGUUACCAACAGCAACUGGCCACACCCCCAAACUGGUCGAAACCACGCAGCUACUACCUGAAGGCCAUCCAGCUGGCUCCAAAGAGUGGAAGACCCUACAAUCAACUGGCUGUUAUUGCUAUCAAAGCGCAUCGGAGGCUGGAUGCCGUCUAUUUCUACAUGAGAAGUCUAUUUGCUAAGUCUCCGGUACAGUCGGCUCAUGAUAAUCUUGUCGGGCUAUUUGAAGAGAGCAGCAGAAAGGCUGAGAGACAGGAGAAAGAGAGAGAGAGAGAAAGACUGAAGUUAGAGAGAGAAGCCGAGCGGCGGAGGAAGAGAGUGGAGAAGAGGGAGAGGAAGAAGAGGAAGGAGGGAGGAAAAGAUCGACACGUGAUAGUGUUUCCUUCCGGGGACAAAGAGGUGUGGGUGGUCCUGGGAGUGAGGAGUGGAGGGAGAGGAGGGGGAGGGGAAAGGGUGGAGAGGUAGGGGAAGAAAAGGGGGAGGAGGGAGAGGAGAAGAACGAAGUUGUGUCUCAAGAGAGUUAUUCUGAUCCCGAGGAAGAGUUGGUGAAACAGCUGACGUCUGCCUUUCUAUUAGUCCAUGGAAAGCUCUACACCAGAAUAGGGAUAGACCAGUUGGAGGAGGCGGAGGAGAGGCUGGUCCAGGUAUGGAGGAGGGUUCUGGGGAGAAGGUCCCUGGGUCACGGGGCGGCACAUCGACUGGUCAAGAUGACUGUCAUCAACAUCUCCUCUGUUCACCAUUCACUCAACUCCAGUGACUCGAAGGCAGGCCAGAGCUACUAUCUCAACCUGGCGUUUCGUGUGGCUGUCCUCAUGAGCCAACACCUUGUUGAAGAGUUCACACACUGUAAGCUGCUUCUCCUCCUCCCGUGAGGGAAGGGAGACCGUGGACUCUGACCUCCGAAGGCCCUGGGAGGGACUAGUGAUGGAGGUUCUGCCGGCAGUGAGGGUGUGGCUGGAGUGGGUGGACAGACAAGAGGGUAUCUGGACUCCUCUCCUCUCCUCAACCAACAAGACACACCUAGAGCUCUUCUCCUCCAACUGAGUCAGACCCUGUCAUUACUUCCAACAACAGAGUUAGUGUGUUGGCCCAGAGUGGCGGGGGCUCUGGGAGGACGGAUGUUGAUGGGUUCAUGCCACUCAAGCAGAGGUUUCCACGGAACGUCGUUGGCCACUGCCCUCUCUGUUCAAACUGACUCCGAGCAAAUAAAAGAACAAAUGCUCUGAGGUCUUACACUGCUCUCUCGACAUGUGAUCGGCUCACAAGCCAUGCCCACUGUAACGAGGUGGACAGAGCCCCGAAUGGAGAGAGGAAUGGAGGAGGAAGAGGUGAUUGGAGAGGAGAGGAGUGGGAGGAUAGAGUGGUGAUGAGGUCAUGGUGGAGGAUACAGUGAGGAGAGCAAAAGGGAGAAGA